AGCUUAAGGCGAAAGAGUGUAGGGUGGGGUGCCCUUAAUAACAGAGCUUGCAAGCAUUGGGUCUGUCUGUCUAGGAGAUCUCUCUCCCUCCCUCCUCCUGCAGGGUCGGUGUCCUCAACGUGCAAAUGGUAUAGGGCAAGUGCCCAAACGUUGACUUAUUGCUCCCGGUAAAGUCACCUCCACUUGUCGGUCACUUUCUUUUAAGUUAUCAUCUCAAUCCCCUCGUAAAAACCCUCUUGUCUAUAAUUAUUAAUAUAGAUUACACGGGAAGAGGAGAUUUACAUAGUUUUGGCAGUCUGAUGUGAGAGAGAGGAGAGGACUCUGCUUUUGCAGUGAUCUUUUUGGGUCUAUCCAAAGAGAGAGAAAAAAACAAAGCAAUUGAAUAAGGAAGAUAUAUAUAUAUAUAUAUAUAUGUAUAUAAAGCUUGUUUGUCUUGCAAUCAAUCAAUUCUAUGCUUCACUGUAAGCUAUUAGUAUCCAUCUUUGUUUCUAUAUUACCGAAUCAAAUUGCAUAAAAUCUCCAUUAAAUUUCUACAUACAUAGAUUGUGAGGAUGGUUACUGGUUGGCGAAGGGCGUUUUGUACGUCGAUCCAUCGAGAUCGAGACUCGGUGGUGAACAAAGACAAGCAAGAACACAGCAACAACAAUUCCAAUCCCAGUCCCACUCCAAGUCCCAGAUUCGGUAACAAAUUCAGCUUCUUCUCCAAUCCAUCCACGCCUCGUUUGCAGACUCAGCCUGUGUCAAGCCCUAGCCUGCGGUGUCGAACCACCGCCACGGCGACUAUUCCGACUCAAUCUGUGCCGGAAAGUCCCAAGCUCCAAUGCAAGACUAAAAAUAGCCCUAGCUUGUUCCACCGCUCCAAUCCUUCGUCCCCUCGCUCUCCCUCAACUUUCUCUUUCCUCAAAUCCACUCUGCGUCUUUCCAAGCAAAGUAGAUGUGGAAUAUGUUUACAGAACGUGAAGACUGGACAAGGAACCGCCAUUUUCACAGCGGAGUGCUCUCACAGCUUUCACUUUCCUUGCAUUUCCUCACACAUCAAGAAGCAAGGCAGCCUUGUCUGCCCUGUUUGCAGCACUAACUGGAAGGAAGAGCCUCUUUUGGCCAUUCAGACACCAACAAAAAAUGAGGAUAAGAAGAGAGAACUAGCAGGGAGUAUUGAUGUUAAAACGAAGAACGAAAAAAAGCAAUAUGCAAGGUCUGUUUUUAAGGUUUACAACGACGAUGAGCCGUUGAUGUCGCCGACUUCCGGAGUUCUGUUCAAUCCUAUACCGGAGUCUGACGAGAACGACGAUGACGAGUUUCAAGGCUUUAUUGUGAAUGCCAGUGCUAGUCCUGUAAUUGAGCCGACGAUGAAUUACAGGGAUGUGGAAGUUAAAUUGUUGCCGGAGGCUGCUGUGGUAUCUGUACGGCGGAGUCACGAGACAUACGCCAUAGUUUUGAAGGUCAGAGCGCCGCCGGCGCCAGAGAAGAUGGCGCGUCGAGCACCGGUCGAUUUGGUGACAGUAUUAGAUGUGAGCGGAAGCGUGACGGUAGAGAAAUUGCAGAUGAUGAAACGCGCGAUGCGAUUGAUCGUGUCGUCUCUUUCGUCCGCCGAUCGUCUCUCCAUUGUGGCUUUUUCGGCGAACUCCAAGAGGUUGUUGCCGCUGAAAAGAAUGACGGUGAACGGCCGGUUAUCGGCGCGUCGCAUCGUCGACGCACUUGUGACCGGCCAAGGCUCAUCGAGUUUCACCGACGCGCUGAAAAAAGCCGCGAAGGUGUUAGAAGAUCGCCGGGAAAGAAAUCCCGUUGCAAGCAUAAUGCUCCUAUCUGACGUUCACGACGGGCCAGUGGAAAGGCGUCAAUCCUCCGUCGUCUGUUCCACGCGCUACUCGCACCUCGAGAUCCCUGUACACGCCUUUGGAUUCAGCCAAGGUGGCGCGUACGGCGACGCUCCCACCGGCGACGCCUUCGCCAAAUGUAUCGUCGGUUUGCUGAGCGCCGUGGUGCAGGAUUUCCGUCUCCAGCUCGGUUUCGUCUCCGGUUCAGCCCCGGCGGAGAUCGCAGCGGUCUAUUCACACACCGGUCGGCCCGGCGCUCUCGGAUCUGGUUGGAUCCGGCUCGGUGAGUUAUAUGCCGAAGAAGAUAGAGAACUUCUGGUUGAACUGAAAGUUCCAUCAUCGGCUAUUGGGGCCCACCACGUACUGUCCGUUCGAUGUUGUUACAGAGACCCGUCAACGCAAAAACUUAUCUGUACCAAAGACCAAGCUCUAUUAGUACCACGGCCCCACGCCGUACGAUCAUCAUCUCCCAACAUCGAACGGCUAAGAAACCUCUUUGUCACUACUCGCGCCGUAGCUGAAUCUCGGCGGCUGAUGGAAAGAAACGACUUCACCGGUGCACAAACCAUGCUCUCGUCGGCUCGAGCGCUACUGAUGCAGGCGAGUUCAGCUUCGGCUAGUGAUUUUAUACGAUCUGUAGAAGCGGAGUUGUCGGAGGUUCAUCGACGGCAACAGAUCCAACGGCGGAGAACGACGGAGCGAGGGGAGGCUACAUUCGUGGAUGAGAAGGGCGAGGCGCUUACGCCGACGUCGGCUUGGAGAGCCGCAGAGAGACUGGCUAAAUUGGCCAUUAUGAGGAAGUCGUUGAAUAGAGUCAGCGACUUACACGGCUUUGAAAACGCCAGAUUCUGAAUUUUCAAAUAUACAAAAAAAAUAGAUAAUAUUUAUUAUAUAUAUAUAUAAGAAAAACGAAAAGAAACAAAAGAGAUUGGGGCCCAAAGUGUAUAAUAGCGAUAAGAAGUACCCGACGGUUCGGCCCUUUCUGCAGAGAGAAACAACAGUGAGUGAGAGGGAGAGACCCACCAAGUGUUUGAUAAUUUGAUUGGAUAGUGAAGGGUCUCCAUUGCUUUGUCUUGACUCUUGACUCCCCAUUUUUAUCUUAUUAUAUAUAUAUAGACUAUAGAUAUAAUGGUAGGGAAUGAAGGCGGAGGGAAUAAAAGAUUAAAGGGAGAGAGAUUUGUUGCAUCUGUGGGUUAAUUAUUAGUGUUCUGGAUUGUCUUUCUCUUUGUUUUGUUGGUUGAGUCUGAUGUUUUAUUAGUUAGAAAGAAUGUAUAAACGCAUUGUAGCAAAUGAAAACGAAUGUUUUUGUGUGUUA